AUGAGCCAUACUUGUCAGUGCAUGAGAGUGUUGGGCCAUGAGGUGGUUCACAGAAGAUUGACAUGGCUGUUGGAACCAUUUGCGAGGCAUCGUUUGUCGACUUUCCUCUCAGCCCUGAAGGACGCUGAGGGUGUGAUAACUGGUUCCACUGUAUGGGCCAUGGUGGAACACGACGAGGACUACAUCAGAAGGGAUCUCAACAUCAUCGUCCCAUACCGAGCAUUCGCCGCUUUACACAGAGCAGUGGAGGACAUGUUGGGAUUUACACCCAUCUCAAGUGUACCCCAUCCAGCUCUGGCGCCUAGCAUCGGCAGAUUUUGCAGAUAUGCGUGUCAUGAGCGAUUUAUUACGCUGUCUGCAUCACAUGAAGGGGAGUCUGUCCUGCAUAUCAUUCUCAAUGCCCCAACGACCGCAGAUAUGCUGUUCAUGACCACCGGUGGAGUGUGCCACACUGGAGAUUUAGUACCACAAAAUAAAAAAUUGGGAUGUGCCAGUGAAUUGAAUGAUGAGUUUGAAGUGGAGACAGGAACGGCCUGGCUUGGGAGGUCCUGUGGCAAUCUGUGUCCUACAUACUGGCACCAUGUCGAAGAGAGACACCUCCGGGCAUCCAUCGAUUGGAAUGCAGAAGAUUCCGUAACCAAUGUGUUCCACAACAUCGACAUCGAAUGGCGGUUGAAUACGGUGUGCAUCAAUCUGAAAUGUCCACAUCGUGUAGAGGUGAUGUCGCUGAACUUUGAAGGUGUUGGUGCGCGCAACCGUAAUGAUGUCAAAUUCAUCCUGCCUGAGAUACGAUGUCGCAAACCGAAAUGCCGCGAGCGGUUUAUGCAGAUAAUCAAGGGCGUAUUCUAUGGAGCAGGCUGCUCCUGGCCGUUCCUCGUGCCCAUUCCAGUGCGAGACGGGGUGGAAAGGUCCCCCACACUGGACGACCUCGACGUGAGCUAUUGGGUGAAACAGCGGGACCUGUACGAAUGCACAGUGACACGACACCACCUUUGUCGCACCUUCAGCAGAGUGCCCGGGUUCAAUGUGACCAUGGAUGGAAAGUAUACGUUGUACUUUGAAAAACGUCAGCCUUCGAUGGCUCCAAGCCGCGUCCUUAGAAGAAUGGGCAGCAUGGGUGGCUGUCGAGAGGCACUUCAUGGGAGCGUGGUACUUGUCAAGCAAACGGGAGACACUCCAGACGUCAUCGUGGAUAUGACGAAACGGGAUCAACUCAUGGCCAAUUUCCUGAUAUCAAGUCUGUCUCGGCAAAUCCCUCACAUUGAUCAGAGUGUUUCCAGCCUCCGAUUAUCCGUGGUGGUAGUAUUGGCCUCUCAAAUCAACUUGCAAUUGAUGUCGUUUGCAAAAUUUCUCAUGCCAAAUGCAUUUCCAUAUCCCUCCUCUCUACCCACAGUUGACUACUUCUGCCUCAGGCGGAGGCAGGUCUGGUUCUACUUGCGCCUGCCUCAGGCGGGUGCUUUUCGUCACUCUACACUCGCGUUGGUUAUCAUUGACAAUGCAUACUAA